AUGGACUUCAACUUUAAGCGGCUCCAACCUUGUGAAGAACCCUUCUACAGCAUUGUCCUCGACAAAGGAUGCUAUCCGAUUGGCCAAGUUGUUCUGCCGUUCUCCUUUGGCACGCAAGCCAACUACCGCACGGAGUACCUCAUAUUUGAGGUGGCCAACCUCAAGACUUCCUACCAUGCCAUCCUUGGUAGGCCCAUGCUAGUGAGGUUUAUGGCAAUCCCGCAUCACACCUACCUCAUCCUCAAGAUGCCGGCUCCAAACAGUGUCCUCUCCGUCUACGACGACGUCAAGACUUCGUACAAGUGCGACACGGUGGCGCUGCAGCUCGCUGAAGUCCUAGAGUACUCAGCCAAGGCCACUGCCAUAGUUGCUGAGGCCCAGAAGCUUGACAAGGACCAGCUCACGAUCCCAGAGAUGGAGCCGACACCCACAACAAUGCAGCCUAACCCCAAGGUCAAGAAGAUCUGUCUCAGCCUAGAAGACCCAAGCAAGACGACCCUCAUAGGGUCCGACCUCUCCAAGAAAUAG